AUGGGCUCAGAUCAAACUGUAUCCCACCUUCUGCUGGCCAUGAGCGCGCUGUGCUUGCGUUCGGCCGACGCCUACCUGGCCUUCGUGCCCUCGAGCACGCAUGGCGUGUUUGCCGCAUUGGCUGUGCCGCUGGAGCUGCCGCAUCGCAACGUUUUUGUUUCUUACAACUUUGAGGCAAAUUACAACUCGCCAUAUAACUGGAGUAAGCCGACCUUAUUUCAAAACGGUCCCAUCGAGUCCGAGGAGGUGGAGCUAUCACGCAAGACUAGCCAUGCAACAGACGAGAGCAGGAGAGAGCCGGAGGAGGAGCUGGACAUAGAGGGCAGUGCAGAUCAGGAGCAGGAGCAGUCAACUUCCAUGCCCACCUCUGAACCCAAGCGCGAGAGACGUGCGCUGCUCACCCGUAGCAAUAUUUAUCACAUACUAAUGGAUAAAUUUCAGAGGAGUGGCUUCUCGGGCGAAUCCUGUUUGCUGCGCCUGAUUUGCGAGACCAGCGCCGCCGAGCUGGGCGAGGUCAACGGUGUGCUGGGCAGUCUAAUACACGUGCUCUUCAGUCCCAGCACCUCCGAGCCGGAGCAGCUACCGCUGCGCUUCUAUCAGGCGGAGCACGAUGGCUGGAACGAUCAUUGCAGCUUUUAUGAGCAAAACUGUGGCGAGAGUUUGUUGGAAUUGAUAUCGGAGCCGUUUGAGCAGAUCCUUGAGCGCAUAGAGCGCAAUGAAAUGUAA